CAGCUGCCUGCCAGCACAGUGCUUGCUAGAUCCGCUUGAAUGUAGAAAUAUUGAAACGGAUCAUCCGCAUGGGCUAUUUGUCUCUCCAAAAACCCAGCGGCAAGAAAAGGAUCCAAGGAUGGUUUUAGUGCAUGUCGGAUAUCUGGUUCUUCCUGUAUUUGGCUCAGUAAGAAAUAGAGGAUCCCUCUUUAACCGGCAGCAGCAUAGCCAUGCUACCUCUUGCCGGCACUUCCAGCUAGGCCCCCAUGUCCCGCUGCCCAUUGACUUCCCCAUGCCCCACCCAGGUCAGCCCCAGUCGGGCAUAAACCCCCACCUGGCUCCCUCUGGCCACCAGCAUCCUCCCCAGCUCCACUCGCCCCUCAACCCCUUACCCCCCACACCCCAGUUCCAGGACCUCUUGGUCCCCCCUUUCCUACCUCAGGCCUUACACCAGCAAUACCUCCUCCAACAGCAGAUCAUAGAAGCCCAGAACCGCCGCAUCAUGCCACCUUCAAGCAGACGCACCCCAGAGAGAAUGCCCCACCAGUCCCACAGACUGCGGCUGGGGUACGAGUUUGUUCCUGCCCUCCAUGUCCCCCCACAGCCUGUUGGCCAGCAGCCUCGCUACCUGGCCGAAGGCACAGACUGGGACCUGAGUGUGGACGCGGGGCUGCCCCCCCACCAGUACCACAUCCGCCCACUGCCCCAGCACUUUCAACACUACCUGACCUCUCCCCGGAUGCAUCACUUCCCCAGGAACAGCACCUCCACCCAAGUGGUUGUCCAUGAGAUCAGAAACUACCCGUAUCCUCAGUUACACCUGCUGGCCCUGCAGGGCCUCAACCCCUCCCGCCAUGCAUCCGCUGUGAGAGAGAGCUACGAGGAGCUACUGCAGCUGGAGGACAGGUUGGGCAGUGUGAACCGAGGGGCCAUCCAGACCACUAUUGAAAGGUUCACCUUCCCUCACAAAUACAAGAAGAGAAUACCCCAGGACCUGAAGCUAGGGCUGGAGGACGACGAACUGGAUACAGAUGAGAAGUGUACUAUCUGUCUAUCAAUGCUGGAGGAUGGAGAGGAUGUCAGGAGAUUACCCUGCAUGCACCUCUUCCACCAGGCGUGUGUUGACCAAUGGCUGGCCACCAGUAGGAAAUGCCCCAUAUGCCGGGUGGACAUUGAGACCCAGUUGACACCAGACAGCUGAUACCUCUUCUCCCUGCCCCUUCCUGUAAUACCCCAUAGCAUCCCUAGGAGGAGCGCUGCCAAACGUCCCCCUUCCCACCCGCAUCACUUAUGAGCCUGCCUUCUGAGCCAGUCGAAGAAGACAAUGAAGGGGACGAGGGAGCGUGGGAGGGAGGGAUUAAGAAACCACACUGAUCACACAAUAGAGAAACAAAACAGGCUGAUGGAUGGAGAGAGGCAGAAGGGUGGCAGAAUAUACAGACAGGUGCUGGGGCUUGAUGGGUCUCCAUCGGGUUGUGCACAGUAGCAUUCGCUUCUCCAUACACCUACUCAAAGAUGAUUCUCUAUCAAACCCCCUAGCAUGUGUGUGUAUUGUGUUGCUGAGGGUUUAUAUAUAUAGGUCUAUGUUCGACCGCUGAUGUGUGUUGGUCUUCCUCCGUGUGAUGAAACCCAAACGCUGAGCUUUAACUACAGCACAUCUGUGCAAAACAUGAAGAGAUAUGAAAUCAGUAAGGGAAUGUUUCUUGAAAUGAGCUUCUAUGGCCUAAUGCUUAUGGUGUAAUGGAGUGUAGUAGUCUUGUAAUUGAUUGCCAGUAUUUACAACAGAGUGACCGUGUUGUGUAGCAAGCAAAAAUCCCACUUUGAGAAAUAAGAUGGG